GCAGCCCACAGCAGCAGCCUGCACCUCCAGCAGCCUGCACCAGCCUGUACCUCCAGCAACAGCCCACAGCAGCAGCCCACAGCACCAGCCUGUACUUCCAGCAGCCUGCACCAGCCUGUACCUCCAGCAGCCUGCACCAGCCUGUACCUCCAGCAGCAGCCCACAGCAGCAGCCCACAGCACCAGCCUGUACCUCCAGCAGCCUCCAGCAACCUGUACCUCCAGCAACCUGCACCUCCAGCAACCUGCACCUCCAGCAGCCUGCACCUCCUGCAGCCUGCACCAGCCUGUACCUCCAGCAGCCUGCACCUCCAGCAGCCUGCACCAGCCUGUACCUCCAGCAACAGCCCACAGCAGCAGCCUGCACCAGCCUGUACCUCCAGCAACAGCCCACAGCAGCAGCCUGCACCAGCCUGUACCUCCAGCAACAGCCCACAGCAGCAGCCUGCACCUCCAGCUCACACCAGCUGCUCACACCACCCCACACCUGCAGCCCACAGCAGCAGCCUGCACCAGCAGCUCACACCAGCAGCUCACACCACCCCACACCUCCAGCCCACACCACACCACCAGCCCGCACCAGCAGCUCAAACUAGCAGCGAGAGCUCCAGCAAAGCCCUCUCUCCCCACCCACCCCCCCAUACACACACACACCAGCCCACAGAGGCAGUGUGAGCUCCAGGCAAAGCCUCAUAUACCCCCAGACCAACCCAUCUCAGCAGCAGCCAGGAUGACCCGAAAAUGCAUCUGCGAAAUCUGUAACUGUGGGCGGCAUCAUUGUCCGCAUCUGCCGUCAAGACUUUUCGACAAGACUCUGGAGCCGUGCCUGCUAACUGAGUAUCAUGAGAAAUACCCUCCACAUGGUGAUAUCAAGCCACCAAACAGCUAUAGACCCAAACUGGAAUAUCUGAAUAACCGUGUCAAAAUGGAUGGAAACACAACGUUUAAAACAGAUUAUAUACCUCAUGAUGUUACAGGUCGAUAUAUCCACACACAGCCAGAGUAUAGACCAAAGUCUGGUGAGGUAGAUCACCACACAACCUACAAGACAGACUAUAAUCCUCACAAAAUAAAACCCACAGAGAGCAUGCGCCCUCCAGAAAGAAAGCACGGGAAAGGAGGGAAAGUAGACACGGUGCCAACAUACAAAGAUGAUUACCGAAUGUGGGACAUUCCUAAAAGGAAGCCUAAACCAUCACAAGCAUAUUGUCCCCCCGCUGCUCGCUUUGGAAACCCAUCCACGUUCCAAGAUGACUAUGGUCCCAAGAAGUAUUCGCUGCGGGAGAGUUUCAAACCACCCGAUAUCCCCAAAACAUCUGAUGUCCCCUUUGAUAACCUAACGAAUCACAAGAUAUCCUAUGUAGCCCACCCGUUGGGGGAGCGGUUUGUCAGACAACGAGAGGAAUAUAAACCAAGUGACACACCUUUUGAAGCUCUCACCACUCACCGCCGGGAUUACAAAGGAAUGCACGGCGAUAUGACAAAGAGCUUCAAACCGGAACAGUCAAAGAUAGGAUCAGACGCACCGUUUGACGGGAACUCAGAAUUCCGUGACCGAUAUCAGGCCUGGCCAGUCAGCUUGCCCUACAUGCACAAACAUCCAGAUUAUGUGCAACCCGAUGGCCCAAUGGAUCUGAAUACAACUUCCCACCUUGACUACAUUGGACACAAUGUUAAGCCACCCGCUCCAUUCAAACCUGCGAGUGCUAGAAAGGUCCAUGCACCUUUCCAAGGGAGUACGACCAUGAAGGAUGACUUCAAGACAUGGGAUGUGAAGAAGCCAGAGGCGAUCAAACGAGGCGAAGAAAUAAAAGUAUCAUGUGCAAAAUUUGAUGGCUUGACGACUUUUAAGGCAAACUAUGUCCCUCAUCCAAUCCACCCGCUGCAAAGCUUCAAACCUCCCAAUGUUCCUCUCCACAGUAAAACACCGUUUGAUGCUGGAACCUUGUAUCGCACUGAGUAUACCCCAAAGAGGCUAGAAAUAUGCCCCGCGAGUUAUCCCACUCCACUGGGCUUUGUGUAUGAAAACACUGAUUCACGUGGACACAAGUUCUUCCACAAGAUAACACCAUCAGAAGAAAAACUGGUGAUGCCAAAUGAAAUGCCAAUUCCAAAAGAAGUGGCUGUGAUGUCCUAAUAUCUAGAAAUGUAACUUCCGAUGUUAAUUAUGUUGCCUUCAUUAGACAAUAUCAAACCUAUUCCGAUUUUGUAAUUCAAAUUAUAAUCCCUUUACAAUAUUCUGCCAAAGGCAGUGACAUUGAUUUUUAUUUCUCUCCUUGUAAUCAUAAUGUAUUCUGGUAAUGAUGACUAUGUAUGUGAGAGAUUCAGUCUAUUAAUAUAUUUGGCUUUAAUGAAGGGAUUAAAUCCUUCAAUAUAUCAGAAGCAACAUAUUUUUCCAAGUUAUUUUCAGAUGUUUAUUUUACAUUGUUGAUGAUUAGUAUAUUUUAAACUAUAGCUGUUGUAAUUUGGCUAACCUACAACAUACAAUAAUGCGUAUAUACCAUUUCUAUAUCUAUUCAAUGCCUGACAAUUCAACCUUAUUUUAAAUCUCUAGCAUUCCCUCUUAAUGUUCCUGUAAACUUUAGUUAUGUUGCUGCAUGACAGUGAUUAAAAUAAGGUUCCUUUCUUUAAUGCAUUGGCUACAGAGAAUAUGAUCUUAAUAUAUUAUAAUAAAGAAUAAACCAUAAAUAUACAGGUGAUCUUCCACCUAAUAUAUUCACAGAAGUAUCACAGCAGAUCCUUUCUUUGAAUUUUCCCUAAUUUGCA